AUGUUGACUUUGAUGGUUUUCUCCCUCAUGGGAUUGGUCCAUUCCUCGGCCAUCCCCCCUAACAAUCUCAGACUUGAUUACCAGGUUUUGAGUGACCAAGAAGAUGCCAAACUUAGUGUGCCAGAAAUUAUUAACAAGUAUGGCUAUCCGUGCGAAGAGUACCAUGUGAUUACUCCUGAUAAUUACAUCCUAACCCUCCACCGAAUCCCUCACGGACGCACCCCUAAUAAUCACCCCAAGGAAGUCGCUUAUCUCCAACACGGAAUUCUCUCUUCUUCAGCCGAUUGGAUUAUUUCAGGGCCUGAAAAAGGCCUAGCUUAUGUCCUCGCAGACGAGGGAUACGACGUCUGGAUGGGCAAUGCCCGAGGGAACAAACUUUCAAGGAAUCACACUUAUCUCAACCCGGACACUUCCGACGAGUUUUGGGACUUCAGUUGGCACGAAAUCGGGUAUUAUGACAUACCCACUAUGAUCGAUUUCGUCCUGGAACAAACCGGAAAAGACAACCUCUUCCACAUUGGUCACUCUCAAGGAACCACCACUUUCUACGUCAUGACCUCAAUGCGACCUGACUACAACGCCAAAAUCAAAGCUCACUUCAGUCUUGCACCUAUCGCCUACAUGAACCACAUGACUAGUCCCCUAAUGCACCUCAUAGCCUUUUGGGAGAAGCCCCUUAAUGCCCUUUUGAACCUCAUUGGGAUUCGAGAAUUUUUACCAAGUAACGAAUUUAUAUCAAUGGGUGGUAACAUUUUGUGCGGAGAUGAUUCCCUAACUCAGAUUCUUUGCAAAAACGCAUUGUUUGCCAUUUGUGGGUUCAGUCCAAAAGAAAUGAAUGGGACUCUUCUGCCCAUUAUGAGUGGGCACACCCCUGCUGGGGCCUCAACUAAACAAUUUAUGCAUUAUGCCCAGGAAAUCAAUUCGGGAUAUUUUCGCCGUUUUAGUUAUGGAUGGUUUGAAAAUUUGCAAAAGUACGGAUCUAUCCGACCCCCAAGUUACGAUCUUAAGAAAAUUACAGCACCAGUUUACUUGCUUUAUAGUAAAAAUGAUUGGUUAGCUGGUAAAAUCGAUGUUGAUAGAUUAUACAAAAGUUUAGCGAAUGUCAAAGGACGAUUUUUGGUAGCGGAAGAGUCGUUUAACCACCUGGACUUUGUGUUUGGUAUAAGGUCACGAGAGUUGAUUUAUAAUAAACUCAUAAGUUUGAUGGCAAAACAUUAACGGCAUUUACAUUAAAUGCUUGGCAACAAAUCGAUAAAUUGAUGCGUCAACAGUCUUUAUCACAGUAUUAAUAAAUUGUUAAUUAUAAAA